AUGGCAGCAGCUGAGGUUUUGAGCCACGCAUCUUUGGUAGUGCCGCAGACCAAGGACGUUGCCAUCACACAACUUUCGCGUCAAUCACUCCCGCAUCAGCCAGGGAAACCUAGCAAGAAGAAAAACAAGGAGAAGCGGUCCCCAGUGUCACAUCCCCCUCAGGGUUCCAGUGGUGAUGAGCAAAGAUCAGGAAGGAUUAAAGAACCGGAAAGUGCACCUUCCAGGAAAUGGAGUUGGACCUCGCUAGCCGAUACGAGCGCAAGCUCGCAUCCACCGAUAUUCACCAAGGAUGGGAGUCACUUCUUCUCUAUCUUCGGCUCGACAGUAAAAAUUCACUCGACGUCGUCCGGAAAGGUCGUCUCGAUAUUACCAAGGUCACAGGACGAGGGCCACACCGAUACCAUUACAUCUGCGACCCUUAGCGCACUUAAUUCUUUUCAGCUGUUCACAGCAUCCCUCGACGGCACCAUCAAAGUCUGGGACUUCCUCGAGGGCAAUCUCUUGCGUACUAUCGACCUAGACCAACCCAUACACCAUGUUUGCACCCAUGAGAAGAUCAAGGAUUGCAUCUUCGUUGCCGCUGCAAAAGCCAAGAAAUCAAAAGGCUCUUCCGGCCACGGCAAAGACGCGGAGGACGAAAGUUGCGUAGUGCUGCGCGUGCCUCUCAAGUCCCAAGAGUCCGAUAGUCUUACCGGGGCACAAAAAGUGUCGAAUGUCCUUGCAAUUGGGAAGACGACACGAACAGCCGGACUCGCAGUUUCUGCCAGUGGCGAAAGAUUGAUAGCAAUCGCCGGACGGAAGGCAUUUGUCGCACAGACUGCUGCUCUCAAAUCCGGAUUCAUAAAAUUCGUAUCACCUGAGCCACUGACGUGUCUCGCAGUACAUCCUCAUGAGGAAUACUUUGCUACUGGUGAUGUCAAGGGGGUCGUGCGACUGUGGUACUGCCUGAAUCCUAACCUAGUCAAGGUGGUGGGUGUAGAGAAAAAAUCACAGACGUCUGCCUUUCACUGGCAUGCUCAUGCCGUUUCGUCCGUUGCAUUUUCGACAAACGGUGCAUACCUUCUGAGCGGUGGUGAAGAAGCCGUACUUGUUAUCUGGCAGUUGCACACUGGGAAAUGUGAAUUCGUUCCCCGUGUCGGCUCACCGAUUAAGAGCGUUGUUGUCUCUCCACCCAAAACAUCCGACGAAGAGUACCUUUUAGAACUCGCGGAUGCCACUCAUACUUUCAUCAGCUCAACAACCCUCAAGUUGUCGAGGGUAUUUGCGAGGAUUAAACUAGCUCCUUCCGUGUCGAAUGGCUUCCCGUCUUCAUCGUCCACUCCCCUUGCCUUCCAUGGUCUUUCUGAGACCCUUGUCCUCCCAUCCUCUCAUCCAUCAUCACUUCAAACAUUUUCCCCUUCAGCCCUCACUCUUGUGGCCGAACUCGAAGUUUCCCCUUCCAAUCGCAUCUCACAAUGGAUGGCCACCGUUGAUCGCAGGGAAGGUGACGAGUGCUUCCAGGGCGAGGUAUACCUCAAAUUCUGGUAUUGGGACAAGAAGAACGCAUUUUGGAUAUUGAACACAAGAAUAGACCGGCCUCACGGCCUUCGCAAGAUCACUUCCAUGUCCUUUAGCCCAAGCCCUUCGAAUAUUCAACUAGUGACGACGGGAGAAGAUGGGAACGUGAAAGGUUGGCGAAUACGAAUAGCAAAAGACAAAAAAGGAAAGGAGGAAAUUUCCUGGGUAACGAGGUCAAGCUUGGGUUAUAAAUCAGAUAUCCCUCGACAUGCUUCGUGGUCUCCCGACGGGUCUCUUUUAGCGGUCGUGUUCGGGCCAUCUGUGGUUCUGUACGACCCCUACACAAAUGUGCCUCGACAUGUCUUCGUUUGCCAUGAGUCUCAGCGACCUUGUGAGGCACAUUUCAUAGGCAUGAGUGGGCGCUUCCUCGCUAUUAUUGGGGGUCCAAACUUAGUUAUAUGGAGUGUAAUGUCGGGGUCAGUUCUGUGGCAUGUCAGAAAUAGUCAACCUUUCGAUACAUUACUACCCCACCCUCACCGGGACACUUUUAUGACCAUCCAUUCGUCUUCCUCGACGCCUGCUCAUGCGGUCGCUACCGUCUUCCGCGUGCGGUCACCAGUUCGUCAAAUGGAGCACACGCUCCCGUUCGCCCUUCGCAACGUUAUCUGGUAUCCUCGACCGUCCACCCCAACUAGCAGCGAAUCGUUUUCGCUUGUUGGUCUUACCCACAGUUACAACGUGGUUCUGAUGGGAGAUGAUGCUGACCCACAGGCGAAACCAUCUGUUCCUUCCAAGAGACUUCAAAAAGGACAGUCGUUACCAAGAAAGUCGUUGUUCGAGGAAAUGUUUGGCGUACCCGUUAUUUCUAGCGAGUCGGUGCAGCACUCUCGUGACCAGACUACCGCGAAUUCAGGACCUGUUCUACCCUGGAGAAGCAGCGAGACGGCGGGCUUUUUCGAUGCACCGUCCCAUCUAAUCCCGCCAAUCCACACAUUCUUUGACUCGUUGGUUGAUAGCUUCCUAACUCUACGAGUAGCAGACGAGGAACGACCAGAGGAGCUUGAUGUUCCUGAGGAAGCCGGCAGUAAACCGUCCGAUGACGGUCCAUCGGUCUUCACCAAGUCGGCGGACAUCGCUACUGACAGUGUGCUUAACACCCUCAUUCCGGUGUUCAGGGAAAUAGCAGAGUCCUCUGAUUAUUCCAAUGAUUCGAAAAAAGCAUCGGUCCCGCCAAAUACGGCGCCAGCGCCAGCAAAAUCCACUCCUAGACGUGUGUCCUCACUUGGAUAAACUACUCCAAUCGGACUCCCCGGUUCCAGAGCAAUCCAUUACGCCUUCGGGGCCUGUCAAAGCUGGAAAAAAACGGAGUAGACCAUCCCUCGGUUGAUCAUCGUACUACCUGGGUCUGGGUUGGUAUUUAAAUGUUCUCGUUGUGUUGUUCAGCAUAUAUAUAUAGGACGCUUGUUGCAUCUUCUAGUCUCGCCAAGCAGUACCCGCAAACUAUCAUUGCUGCGAAUGUAGCCUAAUCCUCGCAUACCAUUUCUGAAGACUCUGA